CCAUGUCGCAUGGUGAUAGAAUUGACAGCUGUUAAGCGGUUCUUGAUUGGAAAUUUUUUCGUCCGCUUGGAUCAAUUCAUCGUCGGGCUUCGACUUGUAUUUCUAUGCGGACUUUUUAGACUAUACAUACCCUUCUUGUAUAGUUCGCCAUCACAUUUCUGCUACACAUAGAAUCGGCCGAGGUUUUUUCGCGCGCUGAGUCCGAUAUAUUUAUACGAUAUUGCCAUCUGGAAGGACAGGAACUGGGGAUGAGGGCACAUGCGGAGGAGAAGGCCGUUGCGCCCUCGGUGAACAGCAACAAUGAUGAGAGCAACGUGCGCACAUCAGAGCAGCAGCCAGGAGAGAAACACCAAGAAGAGCCAACCUUCGAUACAGGCGUCCUGGCAUGGUUGCAGGUCCUUGGAUCAUUCUUCCUAUUCUUUAACUCAUGGGGUGUGAUCAAUACAUGGGGCGCUUUCCAGACAUACUAUGAACAGAAUCUUCUCUCGAAUGUUUCGUCAUCGUCCAUUGCCUGGAUUGGAUCUCUGCAAUCGUUUCUUCUGAUGCUCUUUGGAGUAGUGACCGGCCCGUUGUUCGAUGCAGGGUACUUUCGAGCUCUCGUCAUAUUUGGCACCGUUGUGCUCCCAUUUGGCUUGAUGAUGACCAGUAUUUCUUCACAGUAUUGGCACUUGAUCCUCUGUCAAGGAGUCUGUAUCGGCCUGGCUGCUGGAUGCCUGUUCGUUCCCUCGGUUGCUAUUCUGCCUCAAUACUUCAAGCGGAAGCGAGGUUUAGCCAACGGAUUGGCGGCUUCAGGCAGCAGUAUUGGAGGCGUGGUCUAUCCGAUAAUGUUCAAUAAGCUGCAGCACCAAGUUGGAUUUGCGUGGGCGACUCGCGCACUGGGCUUUGUAGCUCUCGGAACCUGCUGCAUCUCCCUAUCUCUCAUGCGCAUGCGAUUUCUCCCUACCGAGAAACGCAAGUUGGUCCAGCUAUCCGCAUUUAAGGAACCGGCAUUCGUGAUGUUCGCCGUUGCAAUGUUUCUGGGCUUCCUAGGCUUCUAUAACUUCCUAUUCUACGUGCAGUCCUAUGCCAUCGACACGGGAAUCGUCGAUGCAAAUCUGGGGUUCUAUCUGCUCUCUAUGCUUAAUGCGGGUUCUACCGUGGGACGAAUCUUCCCCAACUUCGUCGCUGAUCAUACCGGCCCACUGAACAUGCUGACGCCAGCUGUCACAGCUACGGCAGUUCUGGCCUUUGCCUGGAUUGGCGUGCACAAUGUGCCCGGCAUCAUUGUUCUCUCUGUCCUGUACGGUCUCUUCUCCGGCGGGUUUGUCUCGCUCCCACCGGUAGUCAUGGUCACUUUGACGAAAGAUAUCCGCGACCUGGGUACUCGUCUGGGCAUGAUUUUCGCCACGACCUCGAUUGGUUUGCUGAUCGGAACACCAAUUGGUGGAGCCAUCAUGAGUGAUACCCAUAAUUAUCUCGGGGUUCAACUCUUUACCGCUUGCUGCAUCAUCACGGCAGCCGCCAUUUUUGCGGCCCUGCGAUUCUCACGCACUGGGCCCCGGCUGCUUGUCAGAGCAUGAUAGCCACCAGUGUCAUCAACGUUGCACGACUUAUGCGAAGCGUUUUUGGCUUAUUAGAAGCACAUAUCGUAAUAAUCGGUACAUAUCACAGAUGCAUCGUCGGUUUCGGGGUCAUAGAUCAGUAUGGCAUUAUAGAGCGGAAACGCGGGCUUUGCUUUCGGGUUUGCAUCAUGAACAGUUGUUCAUAUUGAAUGGGACUUCACAUUGUUUCAUAUAUACACCAUGCAUGAUAGGGUCUCUAUUAUCCUCGACGGG